CGGGAGGGGCGGGUGGCCCCCCUGCUGACCGUGGAUCUGGGCUUCCAGGGGGGCUUCGAGUAGGACCACGAGGUCUCAGGCUGGCCCAGGAGCCUGGGCCUCGGGCUGACUCAAGAGCUGGCCCUGUCUCCCCACAAAUGUGGAGACAUUUCUGCCACCUCCUCCUCCAAAGCGCUGGACUGGGCCUCCUCCAAGCCCCAGGACGCGGUGGGUCACGUCCACUCACCCAGCCGGGUCCUCUCUGGAACAGCGUGCCCUUUGGUGACGGGGAGGAUGCAUUUUUGAGGUGAAAUAUUAUAUAACAGCCAGGAACGGAAAAUAUUAAAAGCCCACGGGUGCCAGCAAGGUUCGCACCAGGGCCAGAAAGUUCAGAAAAAGGAGGCAGGCUCCCUGCAGUGGAGGCCACGGGGUGGGGCGGGAUCAGCUCGACCACCCACACCCUGAAUCCCAGGCUGCCUCCGUCUUCAGGGUGAGCGGGAGCCUUGCCUGGGCCACAGGAAGGUCCCAGGGUGGCGACCCCAAGCGGAGAGCUGAAGCUGCUCAGAUCCCUCAUAAAGCUGGAGCAGCUGUGUCAGCCUGCCCGUCCGCGUCCCUCUCCCACUCCAGGCCUUGAGGAUCAUGAGGCCCGUAGGGGGAAGUGGAACAUUCGGGAACCUGGGGUCAGGCUGCCUGUGGGUCUGCUCUGAGCAUCCCCUGGAGGCUCCCUCAAGCAGGGCAGGCCGUUCACCCCUAGAACUGACUCAGAGCUGCCCAGGUGUCAGGAGUCAUGGCUGGGCCUGCAUCCUCAAGGGAGGAUGUCUCAGUGUCUCAGGGCAGAGCCAGAAGCCUCACCAGACCCAGAACUCGGACUGUAGUCCCCUAGCUUCACAGCUCAGUGAGAUGCCGGGGAGCCUACUGGAGGCCUAGAUGUGGAGCAGCAGACCUGCGCCACCGUGGCUCUGCCCCUCCCAGCAUGAAUGGCCUUAGGUAAGUCCCUUACCCUCUCGGGAUCUAUGAAUUUAUGACACUGAGCCAGGUGCUGGGGACACAGAGAUAAGGCACGGGCCUUGCCCUUCAGGAGCUCACAGUCAAUUGAAAGAAGACAGCAUUUCCAGGUGAAGCAAAGAGCUCUUCAACUCAGGGUGGGGCUAAGUGGAAAAUGAUGGGGCUGGGGCAGCUCAGAGGUGGGGAGUGGUGUGGGCUAUAGGGCUCAGGGCAUGUGUCUGCCUGUUUUGGGUAGGAGGAUAAACUCCCAUAUUGUGCAUGUAACCCUAAUGCUGCCACCACACCCCAGAUCCCCAUCUAGCUGUAACUGCAGACCCACUGCUCCCUACUUAGGGAAGCACUGUUACUCUGGUAUUUGACUGACAGGGGCCACUGAUUGGCUUAGGCUGAGCAUCUGACCUAAACCCAGUCCAUCCACCCACUGGCAGGUGACUGGUGAAGUGGGCUUCUUGGGAAUCGUUCCACCCAAUAGGGAUGGAGAUGGCAACUAGCUGAGCCAAUCAGAAUGGCUCCUGGUGGAAUCUGAACUAAGCAAGUGCAGGAGGUGGACCCAUGAGGAGCAAGAGGCAGGCAGAGCUACCAUAUAGAGAGAAGCACAUACCCCACAGGAGAAACACCAGGCAGCCUGAGGGGCUGAGAGAGGGGCCUGCCUCAGCCCAGCUCUUGACUUCAGCUGUCUUUACAACAAGCCUCCAUUUUUUUUCAGAAUGGCCUGAGUGAGUCACCAUUCUCGUUCCCUAAAGUGCAUAACCAGCUAAGGAGCCCCCUCAUCUCCCUGGCGUGCCAGAGAGCAGCCAACUCUCUCCUCCAUCCUGUAUGAGGCCACUGUGAGGAAAUGGAAAGAUCAGAGGGCAGGAAAUUAGGAGGCCUGGCCUGGGUUCAAGCCUGACUCAAGUUCCUAAGCGUCCCCAAGAGCCAGGCCUUGGCAGAAGUCUGGUACACCUUGCACAGUGUGCUUUCUCUUUCACUGGUUAUGAGCAGGCUCAAAUGAAAAUGACAGAUAAAAGCAGCCAGAAAGGUAAAGGUAGCUGCUGCCUAUUCAGGGCAUUCUCCCGCUGUUUGAUGGGAGCUGAUUAGUUGGGUGUAGAGGAUUCAGAACCUCUCUGUUCAAGGGGCCUCUAGGGAGAUCUGAGAGUCAUCGGAGAGUAGGGGCAGUUCUGGAUCCAGCAACGUGCUUGACAGUCUUAGCAGUCUCCUGGGGCAGUUCUCAGUAGACCUGUGUCUGAGUCCUAGGGAGAGCAGAAGGGCUGUAAGUAAAAGCUAAAAGAGCUGUUCCACUGAAAAGUCUGUGUCUUAUUUGGGCAUAAGCAGUCCUGUUUUGGGAUCAGGCAAGAGAGGCAUUUGUUCCUGCUGUGCUACUGACUUUUGUGCAUGGAGAAGGCUCUAGGGUGCUGGCAUCAAUGCUUUGAAGAGCCACAGUGUUAAAGAAAAAGGUGGGGGUGGUCAGUGGAGAAACGUUCCUUUCAACAAAUAGUGCAGAAACAGUUGGACAUCCACAUGCAAAAAAGGAACCUUGAUUCACAGACUUUACACCAUGUGCAAAAACUAGUUAAAAAUGAAUCAUAGACCUAAAGGUAAAACCUAAAACUCCUAGAGAAAACCUUUGUGACUGUGGGUUAGGUAAAAAUUUCUUAGAGCCAACACCAAAAGCACAAAUUUAUAAAAUAAAAAAUUGAUAGAUUGGAUUUCAUCAAAAUUAAGAGCUUCUGCUCUUCAAAAGACACUGUUAAGAAAAUGGAAAAACAAGCUACAGACUGGGAAAAAGUAUUUUCAAAACAUAUCUGAUAGGGACUUCCCUGGUGGUCCAGUGGUUAAGAUUCUUUUUUUUUUUUUUUUUAAUUUAUUUAUUUUUUUUUGCGGUACGUGGGCCUCUCACUGCCGUGGCCUCUCGCGUUGCAGAGCACAGGCUCCGGACGUGCAGGCCCAGUGGCCAUGGCUCACGGGCCCAGCCGCUCCGCGGCACGAACCCGCGUCCCCUGCAUCGGCAGGCAGACUCCCAACCACUGUGCCACCAGGGAAGCCCCCAGUGGUUAAGAUUCUGUGCUUCCACUGCACGGGGCCUAGGUUUGAUCCCUGGUUGGGGAACUAAGAUUCCACAUGCCUUGUGGCCAAAAAGUAAAAAACAAAAAAACCCCAUAUCUGAUAAAGGACUUGUAUCUAGAAUAUAUAAAGUACACUCAGAUUUCAGUAAUGAGAAAACAAAUAACCUAAUUACAAAUGGGCAAAAUAUUUGAACAGGCACUUCAUCAAAGAAGACAUAGAAAUGGCAAAUAAGAGUAUGAAAACCUGGGGGCUUCCCUGGUGGCACAGUGGUUAAGAAUCCUCCUACCAUUGCAGGGGACACGGGUUUGAGCCUUGGUCUGGGAAGAUCCCACAUGCCAUGGAGCAACUAAGCCCGUGUGCGACAACUACUGAGCCUGUGCUCUAGAGCCCAUGAGCCACAACUACUGAGCCCGCGUGCCACAACUACUGAAGCCCGCGCACCUAGAGCCCGGGCUCUAGAGAACCUACCACAAUGAGAAGCCACGCACCACAAUGAAGAGUAGCCCCUGCUCACUGCAACCAGAGAAAAGCCCACACGCAGCAACGAAGACCCAACACAGCCAAAAAUAAAAUAAAUAAAUUUUUUUUUUAAAAAUGUAUGAAAAGCUGCUCAACAUCAUUGGUUACCAGGGAAAUGCAAAUUAAAACAAGACACUACACAACCAUGGGAAAGGCUUAAAAACGGUCAAACAUGAAACUUUAACAGUAUCAAGUAUUAAUAAAAAUGCUGAGCAGCUGGAACUCUCAUGUUGCUGGUUGGAAAGUAAAUGGAAAAAUCACUCUGGGAAACAGUUUGAAAGUUUCUUAUAAAGUUAAACAUACACUUCACAUAUAACCUAACAAUCGCACUCCUAGAUAUUUACCCAAAAGAAAUGAAAAACCUGUUUACACAAAAACCUGUACAUAAAUAUCCAUAGUGAAAAGGUAGUUGCUAGAAACUGGAGACAACCCAAAUGUCCUUCAACUGGUGAAUGGAAAAAGAAACUGUGGCACAUCCAUACAAUAGAAUAUUACUCAGCAGUAAAAAGGAAUGAACUAUUGACACGUGCAACAGCAUGGAUGAUUAUACUAAGUGAAAGAAGGCAGACUUAAAAGGCUCUUACCAGGGACUUCCCUGGUGGUCCAAGGGUUAAGAAUCCGCCUUCCAAUGCAGGGGAUGCGGGUUCGAUCCCUGAUCGGGGAACUAAGAUCCCACAUGCCGCGGGGCAACUAAGCCUGUGCACUGCAACAGAGCCCAUGCACCACAACUAGAGAGAAGCCGGUGCACCACAAUGAAGAUCCUGCAUGCCACAACCAAGACCUGAUGCAGCCAAAUAAAUAAAUAUUUUAAAAAAACCAACGCUCAUACCAAAGGAUUCCACUUGCAGGACAUUCUUGAAAAGGCAAAAUGACAGGGAAAGAGAACAGAUCAGUGGUGGUCAGCAGCUAGGGAUGGGGGAGAGGGCUGACUACAAAGGGAGCUUCUGAGGUGAUGGAAAUAUUUUGUAUCUUGAUGGUGAUGGAGGUUAUAAGAUUGUUUGCAUUUGUCAAAAAUCAUAGAACUUUCCACUCAAAAGGGUGACUUCUACAGAAUGACAAUCGUGCUCCAAUUUUUAAAAAUGGGAAGUGGGAUUCAGAUUUCUUCUUCCCUUUCUUUGCCUUCCCUGUCACUGGCCAACAUUCUGUCCUCAAAGCUCUUGUUUUCCUGGGGGGAAAAAUGCCCCAAUUCAGCCACCCUGAACACUGCUUUGCUUCUGGGAACAAAAAGCCAACCCACUAAGAAUGGUCUGUGCAGGCCCAUGUCUGUUUCUCUUCCUCUGUCCCACCCUGUCUGGCUAAGCCUGCUCACCAAGGCCCUUCUAACCUCCAUUUCCCCUUCCCUGCCUGCUCAUCCGGGCCAUCUGGAGUCCCAAAUCUUUAUGGCCCAGGCUUUGUGUGGGUGAAAGAUCCUGCUUGGAAAGAGAUCCUUACACUCAACUUUCCACAGCUCUAGCCCAUUAAACGUCCACGGGUCCCAGGGAUGCACAGCCAGAGAGGACAACUACCUGGCAUCCGCCUCACCUCACCCCUGACCGAGGCCACCCCCAUCACGAUUGCAGGCUCUUCUGGGCUGCCAGCAUCGUGGUCAGAGCUGAAGCCGUACUACAACCAGAGCCACCUGGGGCCUCUCAGGGGAGUCAUGAAAAGAGGCCCCGGGUCGUGGGAAGCAAGCAACAGAGUCUGGUAGAUGCUUCGGGGCGAGCCUGAUGAACCACCAGGGCAAACACAUCCCACUGAGUGUGACUAGUCCAGGAGGGGAGUGUGAGCACUCUUGCGAUGACUCCCUGCUUGAAGAGCAUUCUGUGAUGACCACGGUGAGCACACUACGCAAGGUGGAGGGCUCUACCUGACAUGUCUUGGGGGAUCUGCCAGACCAUGGCCCAUUCUCAGGGAAUCUGCUCCCACCUACAACCUGUGCGGGGUCACUGAUCUGAGAAACUUCUCAGGGGUCACGUUCCAGGGACAAUCCAACUCUGUGAAGAAACCCUCACUCAACUCCUGCCACGUUCCCCACGGGACCUGGAGGAAAGAUGGUGGUGAUCAAGGCCUGCGUGUUCUUCUUCCUGGUCCUAGAGGUCACCUCUCUGUUGGGGAGGCAGAUGAUGCUCACUCAGUCGGUGAGAAGAGCCCAGCCUGGGAAGAGGACCUCAGGCAUCUUUGCCAAGCCUGCUGACCCCCUGGACAGUCCUGGGGAGUGGACAACGUGGUUCAACAUUGACCACCCAGGUGGGCAGGGCGACUACGAGCGGCUAGAUGCCAUUCACUUCUACUACGGGCACCAGGUGUGUCCUCGGCCCCUGCGGCUAGAGGCUAGGACCACCGACUGGAUACCCGCAGGCAGCACUGGCCAAGUGGUCCAUGGCAGCCCCCUUGAGGGCUUCUGGUGCCUCAACAGGGAGCAGCGGCCUGGCCAGAACUGCUUCAAUUAUACCGUGCGCUUCCUCUGCCCGCCAGGAUCCCUGCGCCAAGACACAGAGCACAGCCUCUGGAGCCCGUGGUCUCCCUGGAGCAAGUGUUCUGCUGCUUGUGGUCACCCUGGGGUCCAGACCCGAACACGCACCUGCUUGGCGGAGACGGUGUCACUGUGCAAUGAUGCCACUGAGGAGGGUCGGCUCUGCAUGGAGCAGGCCUGUUCAGCCUGUGACCUGACCUGCCCCAUGGGCCAGGUGAAUGCUGACUGUGACGCCUGCAUGUGCCAGGACUUCGUGCUGUAUGGGGUUGUCUCCCUCCCUGGGGGUGCCCCAGCCUCAGGAGCUACUGUCUACAUCCUGACCAAAACACCUAAGCUAUUGACCCAGACGGACAGCAGCGGGAGGUUCCGAGUCCCUGGCUUGUGCCCCGAUGGCAAAAGCAUCCUGAAGAUCACAAAGACCAAGUUUGCCCCUAUCAGGCUCACAAUGCCUAAGACUAGACUGAAGGCAGCCACCAUCAAGGCGGAGUUCAUGAGGGCAGAGACUCCAUACAUUGUGAUGAACCCCAAGGCAAAAGCACGGAGAGCUGGGCAGAGUGUGUCCCUGUGCUGUAAGGCCACGGGGAAGCCCAAACCAGACAAGUAUCUCUGGUACCAUAACAGCACACUGUUGGACCCCUCCCUCUACAAGCACGAGAGCAAGCUGGUGCUGAGGAACCUGCAACGGGACCAGGCCGGGGAGUACUUCUGCAAGGCCCAGAGCGACACUGGGGCUGCAAAGUCCCAUGUCGCCCGGCUGACUGUCAUAGCCCCCGAUGAGACUCCUUGCAACCCAACCCCCGAGAGCUACCUUAUCCAGCUGCCCCAUGAUUGUUUCCAGAAUGCCACCAACUCCUUCUACUAUGAUGUGGGUCGUUGCCCUGUCAAGACCUGUGCAGGGCAGCAGGAUAAUGGGAUCAGGUGCCAGGAUGCUGUGGAGAACUGCUGUGGGAUCUCCAAAACAGAGGAGAGGGAGAUCCAGUGCAGUGGGUACACGCUGCCCACCAAGGUGGCCAUGGAGUGCAGCUGCCAGCGGUGUACGGAGACCCAGAGUAUCGUUCGGGGACGCGUCAGUGCCUCUGACAAUGGGGAACCCAUGCGCUUUGGCCACGUGUACAUGGGGAACAGCCGUGUGAGCAUGACUGGCUACAAGGGCACGUUCACCCUCCACGUCCCUCAGGACACUGAGAGGCUGGUGCUCACAUUUGUGGACAGGCUGCAGAAGUUUGUCAACACCACCAAAGUGCUGCCCUUCAAUAAGAAAGGGAGUGCGGUGUUCCAUGAGAUCAAGAUGCUUCGGCGGAAAGAGCCCAUCACCUUGGAGGCCAUGGAGACCAACAUUAUCCCCUUGGGGGAUAUGGCUGGUGAAGAUCCUGUGGCUGAGCUGGAGAUCCCAUCCAAGAGUUUCUACCGGCAGAACGGGGAGCCCUACACAGGAAAAGUAAAGGCCAGUGUGACCUUCCUGGAUCCUCGGAAUAUUUCCACAGCUACUGCUGCCCAGAGUGACCUGAACUUCAUCAAUGAUGAAGGAGACACCUUCCCCCUUCGAACAUACGGCAUGUUCUCUGUGGACUUCACAGAUGAGGCCACCUCAGAGUCACUUAAUGUUGGCAAGGUAAAGGUCCACCUCGACUCAACCCAGGUCAAGAUGCCAGAGCACUUGCCCAUGAUGAAACUCUGGUCCCUCAACCCAGGCACAGGGCUGUGGGAGGAGGAAGGUGACUUCAAAUUUGAAAGCCAAAGGCGGAACAGAAGAGAAGACAGGACCUUCCUGGUGGGCAACAUGGAGAUUCGUGAGAGGAGGCUCUUUAACCUGGAUGUCCCUGAAAGCAGGAGGUGCUUCAUCAAGGUGAGGGCCUACCGAAGUGAGAGGUUCUUGCCCAGUGAGCAGAUGCAGGGUGUCGUGGUCUCUGUGAUCAACCUGGAGCCCAGGACUGGCUUCUCCUCUAACCCCAGGGCCUGGGGCCGCUUUGACAGUGUCAUCACUGGUCCCAAUGGGGCCUGUCUGCCUGCCUUCUGCGAUGACCAGUCCCCUGAUGCCUACUCUGCCUACGUCUUAGCAAGCCUGGCUGGGGACGAGCUGGAAGCAGUGGAGUCUUCUCCUAAAUUCAACCCAAAUGCAAUUGGUGUCCCUCAGCCCUACCUCAACAAGCUCAAGUACCGCCGGACAGACCAUGAGGACCCACAGGCCAAGAAGACAGCUUUCCAGAUCAGCAUGGCCAAACCAAGGCCCAACUCAGCCGAGGAGAGCAAUGGACCCAUCUAUGCAUUUGAGAACCUCCAGGCAUGCGAGGAAGCACCUCCCAGUGCGGCCCACUUCCGGUUCUACCAGAUUGAGGGGGAUCGGUAUGACUACAACACGGUCCCUUUCAACGAGGAUGACCCCAUGAGCUGGACUGAAGACUACCUGGCAUGGUGGCCCAAGCCAAUGGAGUUCAGGGCCUGCUAUAUCAAGGUGAAGAUCAUGGGGCCACUGGAGGUGAACGUGCGAUCCCGUAACAUGGGGGGCACCCACCGGCAGACAGUGGGAAAGCUGUAUGGAAUCCGGGAUGUGAAGAGCACGCGGGACAGGGACCAGCCCAAUGUCUCAGCUGCCUGUUUGGAGUUCAAGUGCAGUGGGAUGCUCUAUGACCAGGACCGUGUAGACCGCACGCUGGUGAAGGUUAUCCCCCAGGGCAGCUGCCAUCGAGUCAGCGUAAACUCCAUGCUGCAUGAGUACCUGGUCAACCACCUACCACUGGCGGUCAACGACAACACCAGUGAGUACACCAUGCUGGCGCCCUUGGACCCACUGGGCCACAACUAUGGCAUCUACACUGUCACUGACCAGGACCCUCGCACAGCCAAGGAGAUUGCGCUUGGCCGGUGCUUUGAUGGCACAUCUGAUGGCUCCUCCAGAGUCAUGAAGAGCAAUGUGGGAGUGGCCCUGACCUUUAACUGCGUAGAGAGGCAGGUGGGCCGUCAGAGUGCCUUCCAGUACCUCCAAAGCACCCCGGCCCGGCCCUCCCCCGCAAGCACUGUCAGGGGAAGAGCGCCCUCAAGGAGGCAGCGGUCAAGUCAGGGUGGCCAGCGCUGGCGCAGAGGGGCGGCCUCUCUGAGGUUUUCUGGGGUUGCUCAGCAGCCUCUGAACAACUAAGGCUUGUGGUACUUCCCUUCUCCCCACAGCCAUUGUGAGACUGACACCCAAACUGUCACUCUGUUAACUUAAGCCCAUCUGUUCCGGUGCAACUUGCUCGUUUGUUUCUUCAUUCCCUUUCUUACUGUCUUUGUCCUGUGAUACUGAUUGGCAUGGAGCCCCCCAAAUGUCAAAAUAAAGCCUCUUUGCCCUGUUCUUUACAAAAAACACAGGAAAUUGGCCAUGGGCAAACUCUGUGGCUUUGAGCAUUCUUCAUUUAGUGCCGUACAUGGAAAUGUCCUUCAUUUUCUUUUUUGCAUGGUUUUGCCCACCUCUACAAUAAGGAUAAUCUGAUGUUGAAGAUCAAAUAACCAAUAUAAAGCAUAUUUCUUGGCCUUGCUCCACAGGAUGUAAGCAAGGCCUCCAUCACAGUUCAUACAUAUAAAAGGUGGUGAAAUAUUUUUACUUGAAUUAUAAAUAACAUUUAUUUCUUUGCUGAAUCUGGAAUUCUAGUGCACAUUCAGUGGUACACUGUUGAGUAUAAGGUAAUCAUAGUUCCUCUACCAAGUCUGGAAAAAACAUCUCCUGGUAUCCACAACUGCCCUAGGUUGCUAAUUAUAUUAGCGUGUUUCCCUUUAUAUUUGCUUUUGUUCUUUCUAGAAGCCCAGUGUGGCCCAGAACACAUGCCAAUAAAUGCACAUUUUGUACUUGA